AUUAUAUGAGUUUUAAGCUUAUUGUAAAAGUAAAAUAAAUAAUAAAGGAAAUACAGAGAAGGGGUUGAGAGACUCUAAUGGAUGAUGUCCACGAGAAGAGGAAGAGGUGGGAAACUCCACGCGCCCUCCGCCUCCCAUUUUUGUUCUUUCUAUUCUUAGCUUCGAUUUUUCCACCUCAUUUUCAUUCUUUUUUUAAAAAAAAUAUCCUUAAAUUUCCACUUCUCAUUCAUCCGGUUUCAUUUUCAAUUCCAUUUUCCUCUCUGCUGUUAAACGUUCAAUAAUGGCAAUUCAACUCAACAUGUAACUUCAACGGAGACAUAGGAUUUAAAAAUGACAGGAUCUGAAAGUGAAGCUCCCACUGUCAUUGCUUCCAAUACACAGAUAGACUGUGAAGGUGGAGGUCCAACAGGUCCUGUUGCCAAUGGAGUAAUAUAUUCUGCUCCUGUCGCCAAUGGAGUAAUAUAUUCUGAAAGUCCUAAAUUCUUUCCUACCAAAGAUCCACCUUGUGUAAUUUCUGAAGUUGUCCAUGAUCGCGACAAAAUCAAUGAAAAGAGUAAUCACGAUGCAAUGGAUGUUCAUUCUCCCAAUGAUCUCAAGCAAGGUGGUUUAAAUAGAGGUUUCAUUGAAACCAAGGCACCUAUUGAAUCUGUAAAAGCAGCUGUCUCUAAAUUUGGAGGGAUUGUUGAUUGGAAAUCACGUCGAAUCCAUUCUAUGGUGGAGAGAAGUAAGACAGCGGAGGAAAGGCUUGAGGACGUGCAUGAGGAGCUUCGUAGGUGUACGAGAGCGUCAGAGGAAGCUGCCAAGGCAGAAUUCCAAGUGUUGAAGGAGCUCGAAAGCACUAAACAACACAUAGAAGAAUUAAGGCUUGCACUGGAGAUUGCUCAAACAGAAGAGCAACAGGCAAAACAAGAUUUAGAAUUCGCCAAGCUUAGAUUGGAGGAGAUGGAGAAGAGAAUCACCGAGGAGAUGGAGAAAAGAAUCACCGAGGAGAAUAAUGAUGCUCUGGCCAAGGCACAGCUUGAGAUGGCCAUGGCCGGACAUGCUGCUACAGUUUCAGAACUGAAAGUCAUUAGAGAAGAAUUGGAAGUACUACGUAACGAAUUUACUUCUGUAGUGACCGAGAGAGAUUCCGCUGUGAAAAACGCUGAUGUUGCUCUUGCUGAGUCUAAGGAAGGUGAGAAGGCACUAGGGGAGCUGACUAUGGAACUGGUAGCUUUAAAGAAAGCGUUGGAGUCUGCACAAGCUGCCCAUUUAGAAACAGAAGAACAAAGGAUGGAUGCAGCCUUGGUCAAAGAGCAAGAUUCCUUCAAAUGGAAGAAGGAGCUCGUUGACGCAGAGGAGGAGUUUUGUAGACUAAAUAUGCAAAUUCUGUCAGUUGAAGAUCUUAAAUUUAAAGUCGAUACUGCCUCAACUUUAUUAUCGGAUAUGAAAGCCGAAAUGUUGGCCUAUAUGAACUCAGUAUUAAUGGAGGAGACAGGUGAUGUACAGCACUUGAAAGGUGAAAUUGCCGAAACUGAGAAGAAAAUUAGUACUACACGAUCAACGAUUAAUUCAACAAAGAUGGAACUGGAAGAAGUAAAGCUCAACAUAGAGAAAGCAAUGGCUGAGGUAGAAUGCUUGAAGAUGGUUGCGGCUUCACUAAAAUCAGAGCUAGAAGUGGAGGAAUCUAUUAUGGCCACCACUAAGAAGCGAGAAGUCAGGCAUUCUGAGGUAGCUGCAUCAUUUGAAGCUGAAUUGGAUAACAUGCCCGAAAUAGUUGUUGUUCAGGAAAACUUAAGAGAAGCUCAAGGAAGUAGUGGAAACCUGACCAAUCAAUUGAAGCAAGCAGCAGAGGAGGCUGAUCAGGCCAAGUCACUUGCUCAGAUGGCUCGUGAAGAGCUGCAAAUGGCAAAGAUAGAAGCAGAGCAAGCAAAGGCAGAAUCAAGAGCAAUGGAAAAUAGAUUACUUGCAGCUCAAAAUGAGAUCGAGGCUUCCAAUGCUUCAAAAAUGUUAGCAUUAUCAGCAAUCAAAGCACUAAAAGAGAGUGAGGCCUCUGAAACUGCCAGAGAAGAUUCGCCAACCAUAGUAACUAUUUCACAAGAGGAAUACAAUGAACUCAGCGAACGUGCCUGCGAGGCCGAGGAGCAAGCCAGAAUCAAGGUGACAGAAGCAAUUUCACAAAUUGAGGUCGCUAAGGAAUCCGAGGCAAAAAGUCAACAAAUGCUGGAAGAAGUUACUCGCGAACUAGUUGCCAGACAGGAAGUGCUGAAAGCUGCAACGGAAAGGGAGACUGAGGCCGAGGAAGGAAAGUUAGCAGUAGAACAAGAGUUGAGAGUACGGAGGGCAGAACAAGAGCUGAGAAUACGGAGGGCAGAACAAGAGCAACAAAGGGAGGACGAUAAAACUGGCCAUGAAGUAGCAGUCCCUACAACAAGCCCAAGAACAAGCAUUGAUGUAGAACAGUCAACAACCAGUGACCAAGCAGACGAUUCUCCUUCUCCCCAAGAGGAUCAACAACGAGUGACCAACCAAACAACUGGUGACCAAGCCAUAGAUCAUUCUCCUGCUCCCCAACAACAACUGGUGACCAAUCAAAUAACUGGUAACCAAGCAGCAGACGAUUCUCCUGCUCCUCGAGAAAACCAACAUCUGAUGGGUGACCAAGCAACAGAUGAUUCUCCUGCUCCCCAACAACAACGGGUGACCAAUCAAACAACUGGUAACCAAGCAGCAGGCGAUUCUCCUGCUCCUCGAGAAAACCAACAUCUAAUGGGUGACCAAGCUGCAUACGAUUCUCCUACUCCCCAAGAAAACCAACAUCUGGUGGGUGACCAAGCUGCAGACGAUUCUCCUGCUCUCCAACAACAAUUGGUGAUCAACCAAACAACUGGUGACCAAGCAGCAGAUGAUUCUCCUGCUCCCCAAGAGAACCAACAACUGGUGACCAGCCAAGCAACUGGUAACCAAGCCACAGACGAUUCUCUUACUCCCCAAGAGAACCAACAACUGGUGAUCAGCCAAACGACUGGUAACCAAGCAGCAGACGAUUCUCUUUCUACCCAAGAGAACCAACCAACUGGUAACCAAGCCGCAGACGAUUAUCCUGCUGCAGACAAUUCUCCUACUCCCCAAGAGAACCAACAACUGGUGACCAGCCAAACAACUGGAAACCAAGCUGCAGAUGAUUCUUCUGCUCCCAAAGAGAACCAAACAAUUGGUAACCAAGCUGCAGACGAUGCUCUUGCUCCCCAAGAGAAUCAAACAACUGGUAACCAAGCCGCAGACGAUUAUCCUACUCUCCAAGAGAACCAAACAACUGGUAACCAAGCUGCAGACAAUUCUCUUACUCCCCAAGAGAACCAACAAUUAGUGACCAGCCAAACAACUGGAAACCAAGCUGCAGACGAUUCUCCUGCUCCCAAAGAAAACCAAACAACUGGUAACCAAGCUACAGACGAUUCUCCUGCUCUCCAAGAGGACCAACAACUGGUGACCAGCCAAACAACUGGAAACCAAGCUGCAGACGAUUCUCCUGCUCUCCAAGAGAACCAAACAACUGGUAACCAAGUCGCAGACAAUUAUCUUACUCUCCAAGAGAACCAACAACUGGUGAUCAGCCAAACAACUGGUAACCAGGCCGCAGAUGAUUCUCUUGCUCCCCAAGAGAACCAAACGAUUAGUAAUCAAGCUGCAGACAAUUCUCCUACUCCCCAAGAGAAACAGCAAUUGGUGAUCAACCAAACGAUUGGUAAUCAAGUUGCAAACAAUUCUCCUGCUCCCCAAGAGAACCAACAAUUGGUGACCAACCAAACAACUGGUAACCAAGCCACAUACGAUUCUCCUGCUCCCCAAGAGAACCAACAACUGGUGACUAACCGAACAACUGGUAACCAAGCCUCAGACAAUUCUCAUCCUCCCCAAAAGCCAAGUGGAAAGGAAAAGCCAAGCGGAAAGGAAAAGACGCAUAAAGGCUUGGGUAAAACUGAAUCAUUGUCAGAAACCAAGGAUGGAAAGAAAAAGAAGAGGUCAUUCUUCCCUAAAAUGUUAACAUUGUUAGGCAAACAAAAGUCAAGUCGUAAUAAAACUACGUAACAUGUUAGUCUCAUGACAACACUCUCUCUUUUUAAUACAUAAAUACCAUUUAAAUCA